GACACUAUGGUCUCAGCGGACUGCCUGGCUUAGGUUAGGAAAUCCAAUUUCCCGUUGCAGAUUCGAUUCGACAACGCCAACAAAAAGAUGAGGCUUCAAUGAGAAAUUGACUCGACUCGAUCUCGGACCUCUGUCUUGAAUAAUAUCCAGCAUUAUGUCGUCGUCCAAGGAAGAAACAACGGCCGACAAAGCCAACGGCACCGCUUUGGCGGCAGAACCCGAGUUUACUAUCGAUGGUGCUGAUGGAUCCGCAAUGGAUCAGAUCCAUCAAUCUACCGUCAGCAGUGCUCCACCGCCACCAGCACACAUGUUUCCUCCCGCUCAGCGCUCUGCUACCAACGCUCAUACCAGUACUACCAAUCCCCUUCCUGCUCAAGUACCGCUAGCAGCCGAUGACACUUCCAACGCUAACAGCAGUUUUGCCAGUCAACUUGCCGUGGAUCGUUCCAUGUUUGGUCCCAGUACUGGUCAAUGGUCUACCAAGUUCUUUUCGUGUUUUCAGGUCUUUUUCACGGCUCUUUUCUGGAUGGGAUGUUUCUGUUUCCCGUGUGUCUACGGCCAAUUGUUGCAACGCAUGAAUAUGGAUCUUACCGGACGAUCGCCGCAUCCCGAACGACCUCGUGUCAGUGGCGUCUGCAUGAGUGUGCUGGUCAUGACGACACUGGUCUAUUGCUUUUGGUGGAUGGGAGUCGAAGGAUUCCUCGUGGAUGUCAUGAAUUGGCUCUUUAUCGGGUACUGCAUCUUUAUGGGAUUCAUCUUACGCAGUAAAAUUCGAAAGAGAUUUGGAAUUGCACCCAUUACGACGUUUUUGACACUCUGUGAUGGGAUACUGGAAGACAUACUCCUUGCCGUUUGUUGCAAUUGCUGUUCUGCCAUUCAAAUGGCACGACACACACACGAUGAAUCACGAUUUCCCUACAAUGGAUGCAGUACCAACGGAUUGCCGUCUUAUGCACCGCAUUUGUGGGAUGGACCGGCAUUGUUAGGAGACGACAACGACAAUCCAGCAGCAGCAGCAAGAAGAAGAGCACCCCACCAGUACGAUAUUCAUCCCGCCUAUCGCAGCAGUCCGGCAAUGCAAGAAAUGGUCGAAUACCCUUACCAAAACAACAAUAAUCACAGCAGCAGCAGUAUCGUCCAACAACCACAAUCCUCCAAACAAGACGCACCCAUGACCAAUGUGGAAAUUGUUUAGCAGUCGAUCGAUGCAUGUACGUACGUUCAUUCCGAAUCAGAAGCAGCGUGCGUACUACGGGAUUCCUAUUUUAACGAAGGCGUGCCUGGUUUGAAGCCACGGCCUGCACGAACACAAAGGACAUCUCUGUAGCUAGAGUUUUCGAGCUACCGUACAUGCAACCGAUCUCGGGAAACUGCUACAAUGUAGACCGGUAGUCUAGUUGCGAAUAGGUUUUAAUAAAAACGUUGUUGACGUACGUGCUAGUAGGACUACAAUUAAUUAUUGUUC